AUGCAAUUGAAUGUGCGCAAAUGUCCAACUGAUGAAUUGGCAAUAUCAAAUUGUGCUAUAGUUAAUGCAAAACUCUUUGAUUUGAAGGAUAUUAAGCAUGUAUUGGUGAAAACAGGCCCGGCUCGUCAGUUUAUUUUUACCAUAAAAAAUCAUCCAUCAGUGGAAAUGGAUGGAAUUGCAUUUGCGAUGCAACAACGCAAAUGGGCCGCUUUAUCAUUAGAUCAGGCGGUUGACGUUCAACCGUUUCUCUUUCGGAACGAUGAAUAUAUUAGUUCAAUCGUAUUUGCUGCUGAUUUUCAAUCAAAGAAAGGGCAAACUCAAGAACCAUUAAAUUCGGAUUUUAUGGCACGUGAAUUUUCUAUGCAAUUUACUGGAAAAGCUUUCACUCGUGGUGAAUUACUGGUUUUCAAAUUUGAUGAUGAUAAGCAGAAAACUUACACGUUAUCAUUGACAGUCGUAUCAAUCACUGGUAUUUCAACUUCAUAUUCCAGUCGUUUUAAGUUUAAAUCUACGAAUCGAGCGAUUAUAAAUUCGAAUUGGAAUUUCCGGGAAAUGGGUAUUGGUGGUUUGGGCAAAGAAAUUUCGACCAUAUUUAGGCGCGCCUUCGUUUCGCGUAUUUACCCUCCGGAAUUCAUCGAGCAAUUCGCAAUGAAACACGUUCGAGGCAUCUUAUUAUACGGACCUCCUGGAACCGGCAAAACUUUAAUGGCUCGACAAAUUGGAAAAAUGUUGAAUGCCAGAGAACCAAAGAUUGUCAAUGGACCUCAAAUUUUAGACAAGUAUGUUGGUGAAUCAGAGGCGAAUAUUCGAAAAUUGUUUGCAGACGCAGAAGAGGAAUGGAAACGAUGUGGUGCAAAUUCUGGUCUUCACAUAAUUAUUUUUGAUGAAAUUGAUGCGAUUUGCAAACAGCGUGGAUCAGUGGCUGCCACAUCAGCAGUACAUGACACAGUUGUAAACCAAUUAUUAGCCAAAAUGGAUGGUGUUGAACAACUAAAUAAUAUUCUGGUUAUUGGGAUGACAAAUAGAAGAGAUAUGAUUGAUGAGGCAUUAUUGAGACCAGGUCGAAUGGAAAUGCAAAUGGAAAUUUCACUGCCAGAUGAAUUCGGACGUUUGGAGAUUUUAGAAAUACAUACAGCGAGGAUGAGCGGAGCAGAAAUUGAAGGUCUUAUAAGAGCUGCACAAUCGCUUGCAAUGAAUAGAUUAAUUAAGAACGACGGUAAAAUUUGCUUGGAUACAAAUGAUAUUGACAAAUUUAUGGUCACCGUCGACGACUUUAAUUAUGCUCUCGAAAAUGAUAUCAAACCUGCAUUUAAUUCAUCAGAUGGUGAAAAAUUAGAGAGACUCUUCCCUCAUGGAUUAGUUAUUUGGAGUUGUGAAAUUUCUCGUAUAUUGGAACGUGGCGCUUCAUUCGCUCAACAAGUACGAAGAAGUAACUCAGAUAGGUUUGGUACUUUGCUAUUAGAAGGUCUUCCGGGUAGCGGAAAAUCUUGUUUAGCGGCAACUAUCGCCAAGCAGUCGGAUUUUCCAUUUAUUAAAGUGGUAAGCGCUGAAGAUAUGGUGGGCUUCAACGAAACGGCGAAGUAUAUGAAUUUGCAUAAAAUAUUCGACGAUGCAUACCGUUUGCCGCUUAGUUGUCUCAUCGUCGAUGAUAUUGAGCGCCUUUUGGAUUAUUCGCCUCUCGGACCUCGUUAUUCGAAUUUGGUUCUUCAAGCGUUGUUGGUUCUCUUUAAAAAGCAGCCACCUCCUAAUUGUCGUUUAUUCGUUAUUGCCACUUCGAGGAAACGAUCUCUUUUGGACGAACUCGAUUUGCUAACCGAAUUUGACGAAGUUAUUAAUGUACCUGUGCUGAGCACUGCAGAACACUUGAUGACCGUCGUUGAGGCGACGAAUGCGUUUUCACAAGCGGAAUGUGAUAAAAUUCGAAGGGAACUUUCUUCUAGUGAUGAUAUGUAUGCUUCUUCUUUAUUUUAUCACUUAAGAAAUUUUAUCACUUAA